UGCGCAUAAGCCAUGAAUUUAGAAAAGUGGUGGUAAAAGUUUUUAACAUGAGCUCCAGAGGACAGAGAAAAGUUUUGUCUAUUCAGGCGAGAAAAAGGAGAACGAAACCACCGAAGAAUCGCAUCAAGCCGGAUGAUAGACGUUCCAGCAAGAAAGCAAGUUUUGAGCAGCAUGGUGCCGUACCGCAGCACGUUACUCCUGACGACCAGGACAGAGAUUAUGACGAAGAUGACGAUGAAGAAGAAGAAGUCUUAGGCUCUGAUGACGAGGAACAAGAGGAUCCAAAAGAUUAUUGCAAAGGUGGCUAUCAUCCUGUGAAGAUAGGAGACCUGUUCCAUAACAGAUACCAUGUAGUGCGUAAACUUGGAUGGGGACAUUUUUCUACUGUCUGGUUGUCAUGGGAUUUAAUUGCCAAGCGCUAUGUUGCGUUGAAAGUGGUUAAGAGUGCCCAACACUAUACAGAAACAGCAGUUGAUGAGAUCAAGUUACUCCGCUGUGUGCGAGAAUGUGAUGAAAGUGAUCCUUACAGAGAAAAGGUUGUCCAACUUCUUGAUGAUUUUAAAAUUUCUGGUGUGAAUGGUGUUCAUGUGUGUAUGGUGUUUGAAGUGUUAGGAAAUAAUUUGUUGAAACCAAUUAUAAAAAGUAAUUACAUGGGUUUACCACAUUUGACUGUAAAAAAUAUUAUUAAACAGGUGUUACAGGGUUUAGACUAUUUGCACAGCAAGUGUAAAAUUAUACAUACUGAUAUCAAACCAGAAAAUAUUCUGAUGUGUGUUGAUGAAGAACAUGUCCGUAAACUUGCUGCUGAAGCUAACUCCUGGAUCCAGCAUAAUAUAGCACCUCCUAAUUCAUCAGUCAGUACAGCUCCUAUUGAUAAAAAACCACAGGGGAAGAUCUCCAAAAAUAAAAAGAAGAAACUAAAAAAGAAGCAAAAGAGACAAUUGGAGCUAAUACAGAAACAAAAAGAGCAACUACAAGAAAUUGAUGAGAAAUGCAGUUGUGGUUCACUGGAAAAGGGCCAAGGUGACUGUGAUAGUGCAUGUACUGGAGAGGAUAGCCACCAGGGAGAUGUUGGAGUCAACACCAAAGAUAGUACUUCCCAUCAGGAAAUUGAUGUACAUAAUAAAGAUGGUGGUCCUGAUCUGGAGAGUGGUGUCUGCACAGAGGAUAAUGGCCGCCAUGAUGAUGAAGAAGUAAGUGGUGUAAAUACUGAAGAGCACUGUCUCGCUGAGGGAGGUGUUAUAGUCACUGAAGACCUAGUUGGAGACAGUGGUGUAAAUAUUGAAAAUAUUGGUCCCCAAGGUGUAAGUGAUGUAAAUAUUGAAGAUCAGGGUUGCCAAGGAGAUAGUGGUGUAAAUACUGAAGAUCGUGGUUGCCAAGAAGAUACGAAAACGAAUACUGAAGAACCUGGUUUGGAUAGUGCUAUAAGUGGCAGUGAUUGUCGUGUGGAUAAUGGUAUAUCUGAUGGCGAUGAUCAGCUUAGAGAGAACACCAUUAAUGCUGAUGAUGAUAGUCCCCAUGGAGACAGUACUAAUGCAGUAGAUGGUGAUAAUAUUGAUGAACAGAGUGAAGUACUUGAAGAGAAUGAGCAGCAACUUGAAGCACCCUUGUGUAAUAUGUUAGAACAACAACAAAAUGAGAGAGUUCAAGAAGUAGUCAACAACAACAGAGAUGUUGGUGGUGAUGAUGUGGAUGAUGAAGAGGAUAACGAUAAGACUACGAGUAAAGAUGAAAAUGAAGUUCCGAUGAAACUGAGAAAUGGAGAUUUAGAGAAAGAUACAAACAAUGUGGAAAAUGAGAAUGAUGUGAAUAAACAGAACAGGGAACUGAGUUUGAAAAAUGAGGAGAUUGAGCGUUAUUAUUGUAUACGCGAUGACUUAAUAGCAAGCAGUAAUUUAAAUGAACAGAGUGAUAAAUUGAAUACAGGUGAUGUCACAGACCACAAAGUGUUACCUCCGCUUGUAGAUGAAGAUAAAGAAAACAAUGGUGUGUUAGCGACUGAUGAGAUUAACGCUCCAGAAGGUAAGAAAUCUGAUCCGUCUAGCCCACCACCUCUUGUAGUAAAAAUUGCAGACCUUGGCAAUGCAUGCUGGGUGACACAUCAUUUUACAGAAGAUAUUCAGACAAGACAAUAUAGGGCAUUGGAAGUGUUGUUAGGAGCUGGUUAUAGUACCCCAGCUGAUAUAUGGAGUACGGCAUGUAUGGCAUUUGAACUCUGUACUGGUGAUUACUUAUUUGAACCUCAUUCUGGUGAUGAUUAUAGCAGAGAUGAAGACCACAUAGCCCAUGUUGUGGAAUUAUUAGGUCCUAUACCAAGAUAUAUUGCUUUGAGUGGAAAAUAUUCAAGAGAGUUCUUUAACAAAAGAGGUGAAUUGAGGCAUAUUCAUAAAUUGAAACCGUGGGAUUUGUAUCAUGUUCUGGUAGAGAAGUAUGAAUGGCCUCAUAGUGAAGCCGAAGCACUGACGUCUUUCUUGGUACCCAUGUUGGAAUUUGCACCAGAAAAAAGAGCUACUGCUGCUGAAUGCUUAUUGCAUCCGUGGCUGUCAGAGGCACAAAUAUAGAGAACCCUAAUCAACGUGAUUCCUCGCUUAAUAUAUUCAAAAUGUGUAGACAACCGUUUGAUAGUCGCUUAGGAGGCUGGAUGUGAAUCAUAAAGCUGUUGAUAAAUAGUCAGGGAUAUACGUGUAUAUAUGAUACCCUCCAGCCUGCUGAUUUCUAUCCUGUUACCCACAGUCCUUUAUUUACUGUGGAUGCUUUACAAACGUCAUGUAGUUGCAUUUAUUACGAUCCAUCAAAAGAAAAAUUUGGAAGCUACAAAAUAUUGUCUUAACUUCAAGUAAAAAAAAAUAAUUCCGUUGAUAUACAGUUUUGAAUAUUAUGAUAUAUGCAAUGUUCUAUCUUGUCUGUUUGUGUAUGUAUUUAUGUAAGUACAUGUGUCUGUAUGUGAGUGCGUGUAUAGUAGGUCCAUUUAUAUGCCUCCCAUAGACUAGAGAGUAGUAACUGAAUACAAUUUUUAUUCUCAUGACAAUGUAGUUGCACAUUUAUCUUAUUUUCCAGUUGUGGAUGAGCACAGAUUUAUAAAUAAUAAAUUAUAUAAUUUUUGCCAGUAUUACCCGUAAUUGAGAACAGGGCCUUGGAUUCUUCCAUUGUAGAUUGAUGUGGUCUUGUUGAAGGUUUUUUUUUUUUUUUUUCAUUUUAUUGAUACAGAGCAUGAAUGUGAUUUUAAUUCUGGUAUUUCUGUGUUGAAGCUUGAAGUAAAAUGUAGUAAUAUCAGUCGUGGGUUGUAACUUUUGAUGCUACUUUUAGAACUACUUUUAGUUUAAGGAUCUUGGUGCUUAUCAUUGCAUGUUUGUAAUCUAUUCAUUCAAAGAGAGUCAGUACUAGGAGUAUGUUUACCUCUAUAAUGUCACCUUAAUGUUGUACAAUACAGAUUUUUUGAUUGUUUAUAUUUUUCCAUACCCUUUUAUUGCUAUAUAAUAUAGAAGUUAUUUAUUUGUAUCGUGACAUCAAACCCCCUCCCUCCCAAGAGCUUGAUAUCGUGUUGUAAUGAAACAACCAAAAAUUGAAUUUAGGAAUGAAACUGGCCUAAAACAUUAGUUGCACCUUAAUUUGUUUUAUUAUGAUGAUAUCAUCUUGGCAUGUAUAUAAGUGUUACUGUAAAACCAAAGAUUUAACUCCCACGACUGUAGUUAUCCCCUUUCAACCGCCUUUAUAGUGAGUCAUUUACAGUUGUUUCUAUUAGUGUUCGAUAUAGAUACAUAGGUCGUAUUAUUAAUACUAGACACAAUUAUCACGGAUCAGUAAAUGGAAUUCUGAUGUCAUUUUGAUUAAGAUUUAUUCCUUCUUGGCCCGCAAUAAAGAUUCACCUGCAUUGGUUUGUA